UACAAGAUGGAGUGCUCAGCCUGUACGGAUGAGUACGAGAAACUCGUGAUUCGGAUGAGCACACCUAGGGUUGUGAUCGACAAUGCCGUUUGCUCCACAGCGACUAUAGUCAAGGUUGAUAGCGCCAGAAAGCAUGGGAUUCUUUUGGAUGCUGUACAAGUGCUCACUGAUCUUAACCUUUCAAUUAAGAAGGCUUACAUUUCCUCUGAUGGCAGGUGGUUCAUGGAUGUUUUCCAUGUUACGGAUCAAAACGGAAACAAGCUAACAGAUGAGAGCGUUUUAAGAUACAUUGAACAGUCACUUGGCAGCAUUCACAAUGGGAGAACCAAUCCCUCAAACGGUCUCACAGUCCUGGAGUUAACUGGCACGGACAGGGUUGGUCUUCUUUCGGAGGUGUUUGCUGUACUGGCAGAACUGCAAUGUGAUGUGGCUGAGGCUAAGGUUUGGACUCACAAUGGACGGAUUGCCUCCCUAAUCUAUGUUAAAGACUGCAAUUCUGGGACUCCUAUUGAGGACUCUCAGAAAAUUAAUAGGCUCGAAGCACGUUUAAGAAAUGUUUUAAAGGGAGACAAUGACAUUAGGAGUGCAAAAACUUCUAUAUCCAAUGCUGUCGUGCACCCUGAAAGAAGACUCCACCAAAUGAUGUUUGCCGACCGUGAUUACCAGAGGAAUCCCAUUUUCAAGUUUACUUCUGAUUCCCCAUUAGUGACCGUCCAAAAUUGGGCAGAAAGGGGUUAUUCCGUUGUGAAUGUUCAGUGCAAGGAUCGAAUAAAGCUUUUAUUCGAUGUUGUUUGCAAUUUGACAGACAUGGAAUAUGUUGUGUUCCAUGCAACUAUUAACACAACAAUUGACAAGGCGUACCUGGAGUUUUAUAUAAGACAUAAGGAUGGCACCCCAAUUAGUUCAGAAGCAGAGCGUCAACGUGUGAUUCAAUGCUUGCAGGCUGCAGUGAAAAGAAGGGCAUUUGAGGGUGUUAUGCUAGAGUUAUGCACGGAAGACAGGCAGGGGCUUCUUGCAGAGGUGAUGAGAACAUUCCGAGAGAAUGGGCUGAAUGUAACGAGGGCUGAGAUAUCCACCACUGGGGACAUGGCCGCAAAUGUGUUCUAUGUAACGGAUGCAAUUGGAUACCCAGCUGACCCAAAAAUUAUUGAAUCUGUCAGGCAAAAAAUUGGGUUAAGCAAUUUAAAAGUCAAGGAGUUGCCAUUCGUUUGUAAUCAGAAGGCUGAGAGGGAAGAUCAGUCACUUGGAGUAGGUGGGGCAGUGUUGUUGUCUCUGGGGAGCCUCUUGAGAAGGAAUCUAUACAAUUUGGGUUUAAUCAAAUCUUGUUCUUAAAGCAGAAAGGGUGUGGAGAGAGGGAAUUUAGGGGUGUGGAAGAUAUGUACAACUUUAAUAGCAUAAUAUUCUUUGCUUCAUGUUUGGGCUUUGUGUACAUAAAAAGUAAAGGUGGAAUUUGGUGAUAGUAGUUGUUAUUAGUUGGUUGGGUUGGAUUUGGUAGGUGAAAACUAAUAGGUAUAUAUACAGCUGGAGGGAUGGGGGCCCCCUCCGACAUUUAAAAUGCUUUGCGUGAAGAAGGGAAGGUUCUGCAUUAGGAGAGAUUGGGCCCUUGUAGGGAGAUUGUGA